CCUCAAGCUCCUGUCAAGCUGUUACCAUGGCAACGAAUACCAACAAAUCAACUAAAUAUGACAACAUCAGCUGCAAAGUUUUGAUCAAUUCAGGAUCUCCCACUCACUACCAGCUGAGACCAAAGAAAGAGAACAUUGGAUCUCUAAGAAGAAUGACUUUUGGGGAAAGAAAUGUGAACAAGAUAAACAAAACCAUCUUGCUUGUGGGUGAAACAGGAACAGGAAAAUCUACUCUGGUCAACGCUCUGGUCAACUACGCCAUGGGAGUGAAGUGGGAGGACGAUGUCUGGUUUCAGAUCGUAGAGGACGUAGAGGACGAGAAGAGAAGUCAGUCAGAGAGUCAGACAUUAGAUGUGAUGGUGUACCAGGUCUUUGGUUUUGAAGGUGAAACUCUGCCCUACUCUCUGACCAUCAUCGAUACUCCUGGAUACGGAGACACCAGAGGGACUGAACAUGACGUCAUCGUCAGUCAAAGACUAUUAGACUGGUUCCGCUCAGAGGACGGAGUUCAUGAGAUGGAUGCAGUGGGUCUGGUGCUGAAAGCAACUGAGAAUCGACUGAGUGACCGACUGAGGUACAUCUUUGAUUCAGUGGUGUCUCUGUUUGGAAAAGACAUGGAGAAGAACAUUGUUGCUCUCAUCACACACUCAGAUGGAAGAAAACCUAAAAAUGUUCUGAAAGCUCUCGGAGAUGCAAAAAUGAAAUGUGCCAGAAAUGAAAAGAAUCAGCCUGUUUACUUCCUUUUUAAUAACUGUCUGGAUGAAGACAGAACAGAGGACACAGAAACCCUUAAGAAUGCAGAUGAAAUAACAACAAGAGGAAUGAGUCAGUUCACAGAGUUUCUGAAAGAAACUGCACCUCAGAAGCUGGAAACAACCGUGCAUGUUCUGAACGAGCGAAUCAGACUGGCAGCCUGCAUCCACAACCUGCAAGAGAGAUUUAAGUUCACUGAACUAAAACAGAGAGAAAUCCAACAGACUCAGGAAGCUCUGAAGAAACAUGAAGAAGAGAUGAAGAGAAAUGAAGAGUUCAGUGUACAAGUUGAUGAGAUCUACAAAGACAAAGAAGAAAUCGAUGGUGGAGGGAGGUGGAGGUUGUUUUUUUAUGAAGGAGCUGUCUGCUGUACAGUCUGUGAGGAGAACUGUCACUAUCCUGGAUGCACACUGGCCUGGUAUCCUGAACACUGUGAGGUCAUGAAAGGUGGCCGCUGCACUUCAUGUACCAGGAAGUGUCCUGUAUCAGAUCAUGUGAAAGAAAAGUGGAUCUAUGUGGACAAGACAAGGAAAGUUCAGAAGACCCUGCAAGAUGUGAAAGAGAAGUAUGAAAGAGGUAAAACUGGCUGUGAGGAGACAACAAGCCUUUUGGAAACUUUAGAAAAGCAAAUGGAAAAACUUCAGAAAGAUAAAGAUCACUUGUUGGAAAAGUCCUUUGAACAUGUUGUCAGACUGGAGCAGAUCGCCCUGAAUGUUGUUUCACUGUCCACUCAUGUCCACUUGGACUUCCUGAUUGAGAAGAUGAAGGAGAAAGGAGACGCAGAGAAGGUCCAGAAACUGGAAGAGAUGAAAAUUCAAGUGGAUAAAGGAGUUGUAGCAGCGCUGCGGUACAGGUUUGGUCAGCUGAUGGCAGCUAUAAAGCAGUGAAGUAGCAGGUGAACACCAUCAGUGUGAGCAGCAGCUGUGUAGAAAACAAGCUCUACACUGUUGAUCCAGAUGUUUAAACAUCACAAAGCGAGGAGUGAGGACGCCCCCUGGUGUCUCAUGCUGAGUACAACAGCUCCCUCCCUCCCCCACAUCACUAAAUUGGACUAAAUCCA